ACAUUGUUUUCCUUUUUACAGAAAAAAAAAUUGAAACUCCAAAUAGCUCAUCAAAAUGUUUUCCAAAACUAACCUUUUUCUUUGCCUUUCUUUGGCUAUUUUGCUAAUUGUAAUAUCCUCACAAGCUGAUGCAAGGGAGAUGUCUAAGGCGGCUGCUCCAAUUACCCAAGCAUUGAAUUCAAACAACAUUACUGAUCAGAAGACGGGUGCAGGAAUCAUCCGUAAAAUACCGGGUUGGAUACGAAAAGGUGCAAAACCAGGAGGCAAAGUCGCCGGCAAAGUUUGUAAAAUUUGCUCAUGUAAAUAUCAGAUUUGCAGCAAAUGUCCUAAAUGUCAUGACUAAAGUUAGGCCUCGAGAUUAUGUACUCUUGCUGGUGUGAGUUUAGUUUUGAGAAAAAAGGGAAAGUUAUGAAUAGCCUAAUAUAAUUCUAUUCACUAUGUUUUGUUAGUAAUUCUUAUUGUUGCAACUUGCAACAAGUCUUUGGGUCAAAAUGUACCUCUUGUCUUGUAGUCUUUCAAUUGUAUGGUACUGUAAUUGUAUGGUA